AUUAUAACAUAUUUAUCUAAUAUUUAUACAGUCCAGACAUUUACCAAAUUAUGGUUUUGGUUAUACAGUAUAUCAGACCCAAAGAGUAUCUACUGUACGAUUGCAAUGCCGGGUGGACUACAAAAUGCAUUUAUGCCUCAAUUUGAUUGCAAUAUUUGCGCUAAUCUUAAGAAUAUAUCAAAAGUUUUUAAUAUAACUCAACAAGAAUUUACUGAAAGAUAUGCUUACAGUGGAGUACCGGUCGUAAUAAUGGACGCAAUGACUAAUUGGACGGCAACUCAUAUAUUUUCGUUUGAAUAUUUUAAAGAGAUAUAUCCGGAUGACAGUCCAGCACUUGAUAACUAUGAAAGAAACUGUCAAUUUUUUCCCUAUAAAACUAAUUUUACAAGUUUAAGACAAGUGCUUAAUAUGGGAACUGAAAGGGCACAGUUAUUAACAGGCACUGAACCCUGGUAUAUUGGAUGGAGUAAUUGCGAUCCAUUGGUAUCUAAUAUAUUGAGACAACACUAUCGGAGACCUUAUUUUAUGCCACAAGACUCUGAGGGCACUAAAAUGGAUUGGAUAUUCAUGGGAAGUCCUAAUUAUGGGGCACACAUGCAUAUAGACCACGUGGGUCACCCCUCCUGGCAGUCUCAGGUCAGGGGGUCCAAGAAGUGGAUUCUGGAACCACCGCCUGAAUGUUAUACUAUAUGUCAAGUACUUGAAGUAAUCGUUAAUUCAGGAGAAAUCAUUGUUUUAGAUACAAAUCAAUGGUAUCAUCAAACAUUAAUUGUAGGUCAAGACAUCAGUAUUACUAUUGGAUCUGAAUUUGACUAA